AUGAGUAAUACAGAAACAACACAACUAGAUUCAGAAGAAGUUCUUAGUAUCAGUCCUAUUGAAAACAACGAGACUAGUGUUUCUUUAUCUACUCCUUCUUUAUUAAUUUCAACAUCUAAGUCUUGGAAGCCUAAAGCACUUCAAAAUAAUAAAAAUUCUUCGAAAAGGCUUUUUAAUAUGUCGAUCAGAUCAUCAAAUUCACUAGAAAAAUCAGAUUCUUUUCAUAAUACAUCAUGUGUUGGUUCAUCUGUUCAAUUAGUUAAUUCAAAAAUAUAUGAUUUGGUUAAUGAUGCUUUUGGUGAUGAAGAAUUUGUUGAUAUAAAUCAUCUUACAGAGUCUUUUCGUAAAAUUCAAAUUAUUGGACCAAAAGAAAGACUUUUAGACAGAUCUGCCAUCAGAAAUGAAGUUUUAAACUGGAAAGUUGGUGAUGGUUUAUUCGAUAAUGAAGCAGCAAAACAAUCAAUAAUAGAUUCUUUUCAUGGGACUAAAAAAUCUAAAUACCAUAAACUAGUUAAAGUUCAGACAAGCUUUUACUUAGCAAACCGUAAGAACACUACUACAAAAUCUGAUGAUGAAGACGAAAUUCGGCCAAAAUCACCGAAAUCACCAACAACUGGCUAUAAUUUAGAAAGAUUAUUAAUGACAAAAGAAGAACUGCAAAGCGAAAGACCUCCCACCGCCCGAAAACCUUAUGUUCCACCUCCAGAACCUAAAUUAGAAAAAUACACUUCAUCAACAUCCCAAAACAUCAUAAACAAGUCUAAAUAUAGAGAUACAAAGCUUGAUGAUAGAGUUCAGAUGUAUAAGAAACGCGGCCAGACCAAGAUAAGCAAAGUUGAGAAACAAAUUAAAGAAGAAAACUCUCCACCAGUAAUUCCUCGAAAUCCUCAAUACGAAAUCACAGAAAAAGAAAGAGAAGAGUUCGAAAAGAAGAAGAGGGAGAAGUUUGAAAGGUCUAUUCCUCAAUAUCCGUACAGACCACAAAUAACUAGUUGGGAAGAAUAUGAAAGAAUUAAAUCAAAGAUUUUAUUAGCAAAAAUUGUUGAAGAGGAAGUUGAUGACUUUCCUCCACCAAAAGUUCUACCUGUACACGCAAAAUCCAAUAAGAAAUAA